UGAAUCACACCCUCCAUUCCCCCUAGCAUACUUGUAGACGGUACGUUUGACGAGAGUUAUUCCGUCGGCGCCGUUGUGUGGAAAGCGAACCACCGUGCCAUCGUCCGCAAAGUCCUCCGACCCUCCUUGGCUAACCCAAAACGGGGAAGGCGCCGCACGUGGCGAUACCGAUAAGACACCGCCUCCACUUUCCGCAAGCCGCGCACAACCUCGGCGGUCGACUACAACCUCGAAUCGUCUCGUAUCCGACUCUGCUCGCGGCCGGGGUGGAAAGAAUGGUCGACUCCAAACCGACCUCAUCGUCGCAGUCCCCGAGUUCAGCGGGGAAGCCAACCGGCGGACGCCAACGCAUCAUAUCCUCAUGCCUCACAUGUCGAAGGAGAAAAGUGCGCUGCGAUCACGCCCAUCCCAUCUGCGGUGCCUGCGCGCGCGGAAGCCAUGUGUGCACUUAUGCGACGGACCCAGGGCUUGGAGCGAGCGGCGUGGGCAGAGUCUCGAAACCCAUGCUCGCCGGGAACGGGAAGAUGCCGCGGAACAGCGACGUCCAGUCGCGGUUAGAUCGUCUUGAAUUACUGCUAGAGAAGGCGGUCUCGGGUCACGCAGUGCAACCGCCGCUUUCUGGGCGUCGGGAGGAGGAGCCUAGGAGGGAGGAACCAGACAGCCAGCUCACGCCGAGUACGAAUAGUCAAACAAGCCAGAGUGCGGGCAUGUCUUGCGAUAACCACGAUGGGACGCUGUUGUUGGAUGGAGGGCAGUCGCAAUUUGUGUCCUCGUUGCAUUAUGCGCUGCUAGCUGAAGAGCUCCAAGACAUAAAAGCGCUUCUAGGGGACAAAACGGACGAAGGGGGAGACAAGGACGUGGCCACCAAAAACAACCUAAUACAUUUCCUUUCGUUAGGCCGGGCGAAGAUUGGAGUGACCCUAGAAUCGCUCCUCCCAGAAUCCCAGGAACACCGCGAUGCACUACUCGAAGUCUAUUUCUCUCACGUGGAUCCGAUGGUAAGGAUUACGCACAAGCCGACGUUAUUACGCAAGCUUCCGUUCUAUUGCAAGGAGACUCAACCACUAGCUUUCGCUGUCUUCUACUCCGCAAUCAAUUCGCUGCCGCCUACGGUUGUUGAGAACAAAUUCGGUCAGAGCAAGGACGACCUCCUAGCCCGCUUUGAGCUAGGAGUUGAAAUUGGGCUUGCACGAGAGAAUUAUCUAACGACAUCAAGCCUUGAGAUAUUUCAAGGAUUUAUCUUAUGGCUGACUUGUAUAACGAGAGAGGAGGAUAUGGGUAAAGCGUGGGCACUACUCGGCAUCGCCAUUCGGAUCGCACUCAAUCAAGGCCUCCAUCGCGACCCGUCCCUAUUCCCCUCCGGGUCCUGGGAUGCCGUGACCAUCGAGUUGCGGCGGCGGGCCUGGCAUCAGGUCUGCCAUCUCGAAUUUCGAGCCGCCGAAUGCAGAGGACAAGAGCCGAGCAUAUCCGAAGACGAUUACACGACCAUGAUGCCGCGCAAUAUCGAAGAUGAAGAACUUAUCCAAGGUGGGAGUCCCGGGCCCAACCCUUACGACGAGCAAAGGUUUACCAGCAUGACCUUCCAGCUCGUCCGGUUUGUUGGGAUGCGUGCACUAAGAGGCAUAGUAAAGAGCACGUAUCGCUUGGAGAGGCGUAUGCUGGAGUCGGGUUUGCAUGGAACUACCGGCCCCGAUCCAGCACAGGAGCUCCAGGGCAUCUUUGAGCAAAUCAAGAAAUUGGUCAACGAAAUGCAUGAAGAGAACCAUCGGAAGUAUUUACGCUUCUGUAACCCGCAAAUACCCACGCAGAGGCUCUGUCUCGGUCUGGCAUCACUGUUGGAGUGGAGGUGCUAUCUUCUGUUCUGGCUUCGGAUGCCGCGGGCGUACCGGGACGUUGUGUUUUCCAGCGACAUUCGCAAAUCUAUAUUCGAGAAGUCGCUAAACUGCAUCGAGACCCUCAAUGGAGCAACUGUGGACAUUGACGCGGCCCGAUUCCAGUGGCACAUAGGUGGUCAUGCUGCCUUCCAGGCCAUCAUGCACGUCCUCUCGGAACUCCGGAACCCUCUCUUCGAAGCCCCGGACCGUGAACGCGCCUUACGAGCACUACAGUUAUCAAGGCUGCUGAAAGAACAUAACCACACCAAAGCCUGGCAAGCGGUCAAGAGCAUGAUUGACAAGGUCGUCGGAGAACGCAUCAUCGACAGUGGCGACCCAUCAGAGAGUUCAAGCAGUUACACAAGCCCGCCGCCCCAGAUGCCCACCAGUGUUCCUAUGACAGAUGCCAACAACGUGGAUCUGCCCACAACCUACAUGAACCAGAUACCCUCGUACGCGAUAGCGACGUCUUCAGAGCCAUUGGUCGAGCAGCCGGUGCAUCCGCAGCCGCACGUGGUUCCGGCAUUGCAACCUUUGCAGGCCGAUCAGACGCAGUUCAAUUGGGAUGAUCUGAACUUCACAAAUAUUGUCGGUGACGGGCAGAAUAACAAUGAAAUGCCGGAGUUCGAUUUCGGUUUCUGGGGCGAUCCGGUGAACUUUGGGAGCGAGCCCGUCACGUUCCCGUUGGAUGGAGGCUACUCCGCGCCGUGGGCUAGCUGAGAAAGUUCUUCCAGCACCAGCCUCGCGAGUACUUGUUCAUUUCAUGUUCUAGCGCCUGCCCGAUCUUCCAUCGAUUAUGCGUCUUCGAGCACGCAGAAGCAGAGGCCAUCUAUCGAGUCGAUCUUGCGACGACGGCGAUGCCGCUUGCUACCUCCGUGCGGCGGUCUGUCGC